UAUGAACGUGCUAAUAUUUCCAUUGAAUUAUUGGAUCACUUUUCCCACCAUACAAAACCAUGCCACUUGUUUUCACACACUCCCAAUACUCCAUUUUGUGCUCACAUUCUCUACCAAUACACUGCUUCUUUCUCUCUCUUUCUCUCAAGAUCCUAAUUGAAAACCAUGGCUGCUGCAUUGGUGGGAGGAGCUGUUCUCUCUAGUUUCCUCAAUGUCUUCUUUGAGAGGCUUGUUCAUAAGGACGUUCUUCAGUUGUUGAAAGGGGACAAACUCAUUGAAACACUGCUCAGACAGUUGAAUACUAAGUUGUUAUCGGCUACUGCACUGCUGAAUGAUGCCGAGGAGAAACAACUUGGAGACACCAACGUGAGGAAUUGGCUCGAUCAACUUAAACAAGUGGUGUAUGAAGCAGAUCGCGUCACGGACAAGAUCAAUACUCAAGCUCGGCGACUCAAGUUGAAGAAGGAUGAACUCAAAAGCACAACAAUAAAAAAGUACUUCAGCUUUAAUUUCAAUAAUCCAUUUAAAGUAAGUGUUGUGAAAUCUGAAAUAGAAGAGAUCCUUAAUAGUCUAAAGGAUCUUUUGGAACAAUCAGACCACCUUGGUUUGAAAGAAGUUGACCAGAAAUUCACAACAUUACAUACACCUCAUGCUCCUUUGCUAGAUGAUUCACAGGUUUAUGGAAGAGAGGGUGAUAAAGAGGCUAUUCUUAAGUUAUUGUUGUGUGAUGAUGAUGCUACUAGCCCAAACAUCUCAGUUGUUCCUAUAGUUGGGAUGGGUGGAAUUGGUAAAACUACUCUUGCUCAGAGCGUAUAUGACAAUACCGAAGUCGAGAAACACUUUGCUUUGAAAGUGUGGGUAACUAUAUCUGAUGACUUUGAUGUUCGUAAAAUAAGUAACAGUAUUUUCUACAAGAUCACUGGCAAAAAUAAUGAAACAGGUGAGCUACAUCAACUUCUGAAAGACUUGAAGGACGCUUUGGCUGGUAAGAAAUUUUUUUUUGUCUUCGAUGAUGUGUGGAAUGAGAAAUACGACUUGUGGUAUCUUUUGAAAAGCUCUUUUCAAUCUGGUGCAAAAGGAAGCAAGGUUAUUGUGACCACACGUAAUGAAGAUAUCGCAUUGAAGAUGAAGACGGGAAAUGUUCAAACUUAUGAGCUUAAAACCAUGUCUGAUGAUGGAUGUUGGCAGUUAUUUGAAGAGCAUGCCUUUGAUAAUGUUGACCGUAACGAGAGGGUAUUGUUGGGGCAGUUGCAAGAGAUUGGAAGAAAAAUUGUCAACAAGUGCAAGGGCGUUCCUUUAGCUAUAAAAUCAAUGGCUGGUCUUUUACGAUCGAUGCGAACUUGUGAAGAUUGGAGACAUGUACUACAAAGUGAUGUGUGGAAAAGACAUGACUGUCGCGACAUUGGAAUUGUUCCAGCUUUGUGGUUGAGCUAUAGAUUUCUACCUCCUUAUUUGAAGCCUUGUUUGUCUUAUCUAUCAAUAUUUCCCAAAGAUUACGAAUUUCGUGAUGUUGAUAGAAAAAAACUAAUUUUGAUAUGGAUGGCGGAAGGUCUUUUACAACCUCAAGAAGGAAGAACAAUUGAAGAUGUUGGAGAAGACUACUUGAAUGCUUUAAUAGCGAGAUCAUUUUUUCAAAGAAACACGAGAAAUGAUUCUUUUGUAAUGCACGAUCUUAUUCAUGAUCUUGCUGUGUAUGUAUCUGGUCAGAGUUUUUUAUCGUAUGAUAGCUACAAAAAAGACUUGCACAAGCUAAGUAGCAAGACUCAUCAUCUAUCUUACGGUUAUUUCUUCAAUACAAAAGAAAUUGACUUUACUAAAGUGAAGAAUUUGCGCAGCCUGAUUUCAUUACCAUUAAGGUCAAUUCCUUCUUCAUCUCUUGAAACAGUUGUGCAAGAAGUUGUGUUAAGGAAUGGAGGACUAAGAGUUCUUUCUUUUGUUGGAGAGCAUAUUGAUUUGAUUACAAAUUUAAAGCAUUUGAGGUACUUGGAUGCAUCGGACAAUGAUGUCAAAGAGUUACCUGCUUCUAUUUGUGGGUUGCAUAAUUUGGAAACACUGUUGUUGAGUAAGUGCUAUAAGCUCACCCAGUUGCCUGAUUCGAUUGGAAAUCUAAAGCAUUUGAGGUACUUGGAUGCAUCGGGCAGUAAAGUCAAAGAGUUACCUGCUUCUAUUUGUGAGUUGCAUAAUUUGGAAACACUAUUGUUGAGUGGGUGUAGAAUGCUCACCCAGUUGCCUGAUUCGAUUGGAAAUUUAAAAUAUCUCAGGUACUUAGAUGUAUCUUACACAAAAGUCAAAGAGUUACCUGAUUCUGUGUGUCUGCUGUAUAAUUUGGAAACACUCUUGUUGGAAUAUUGCCAACAACUCACUUUGUUGCCUACCAAAAUAUGUGAGCUAAUCAACCUUCGCCAUCUUAAAAUCAAAUGGUCGUCACUAAAAGAGAUGCCGCCGAGGAUUUCCAACAUGAAAAAUCUUCAAGAGUUAAGUGAUUUUGUUCUGUGUGAGAAUGAUGGGUACAGGAUCAAAGAGUUGGGUAAGUUGGAUAAUCUCCAACUCCAUGGACGCUUGCGUAUUUCAGGGCUUCAGCAUGUUAGAGAAGUGAGUGAUGUUUUGGAAGUCUUAAAGAACAAAGAGUAUCUCACAGAGCUUACAUUGGAAUGGGAUGGUAAAACAAAUGAUUCUAUUAGGGACAGAGAAAUACUUACUGCACUCCAACCACAUCCAAAUUUGAAGAGCCUCGAGAUAGUCGGUUAUGAAGGUAUGAAAUUGCCGGAGUGGGUUGUAGAUCCAGUGUACUCUAAUUUGGAAGUAGUUUCUCUACAAGGUCAAAAUUGUUGUUUGUCUUUACUGUCAUUUCAGCACCUGAGUUCACUGAAAGAGCUUGAUAUUGACCUUAUGGCAAUCGAUAUAACUAAUGAAUUUUGUAAUAAUUGUUCGCAUAAUUCAUUUCCAGUUUUAGAAGAGAUGCGUCUCAGAAGGAUAACUGCAUUAGAUUGGUCGUCUAUCAAUACAAAUUAUCAAAAUGGUGACAUUUUCCCCUGUUUGAAGAUAUUUAUUUUACAUUCCUGUAGUAGUCUAAAUGUGGCAUUACCUAUGGGUAAUUUUCCAUCUUUGGAUAUGAUCGAGAUUGGUGAUUGUGAUGAAUUGGUGACUGUAUUUCCAUCCACUAGUACUGAUAUUGAUGUUGCAUAUCCCUCCCUUAGAAGCUUGCUGAUACUGAAUUGUUCGAGGUUGGAGUCAGUUUCCGAAAUGGGAUUACUGCCCGCUUCUUUGGAAAGACUACAUAUUGAUUCCUGCAAUACGGUGAUAGGAAGUCGUAUGCAAUGGAAUUUGCAGAGAUUCUCAAAGUUGACUGAAUUAACACUUUUCAAUUAUGGAGGAGUGGUGGAUUCAUUUCCUGAGGAAGGGCUGCUCCCAUCUAGUUUGACAUUUCUUUGCAUCAAGAACUUUGAUAAGCUUACAGCUCUAAACACCAAUGGUUUUCACCACCUCACCUCACUUCAAGAGCUGAGUCUUUGGAAGUUGGAAAAGUUAGAGUGCUUGCCAAUAGGACUUCCCCAGACUCUUACUACUUUGUGUAUAGUAGAUUCUCCUCUGUUAAUUCCAAGGUGCAAGAGAGAAACAGGAGAAGAUUGGCCCAACAUUCAACACAUACGUUACAUAAUCAUAGAUGAUCAGUUACUUAAAUGAGGUGAGGACUGAGGAGCCGUUGGUGUCAUUUCGGACGGAUUUGUGUGACUUUUGAUGCUGCUGGUGUUGAUGUCUUUGGCCUAGUGUUGCGCUGCUCCUUCAGUUACUAUCUUGUUUUCUGAUACAUUCGAUCUUUUACUCAAAAUCGUUGUGCUAGCUCCUUCGGUUACUAUAUGUUUGUUGACAAGUUGGAAUGUAAUUACCAUAUCGAUUUCAUUUUUCUGGUUGCCCAAUCCUCUUUUGAUGUUGGUGUCUGUCUUUGAGUAAUCUAUUUUGUAUUUGUAGUUUUCUUUUUCUGUUUCUGGUUUGUGUGUGGAUUUCCUUUGUUUUUGUUGUGUAGGGUAUUCUUCCGCCACAAGUGAAGUUAUUCAAUAAAUUCGGGAAGAGAUCACUCAUAGACAUGCGAUCCUCUUCUCUUCUUA